GAGACUGACGGCAGUGAUGCUCAGAACGAGUAGCCAUUAUUGACUUCACAAAUAAUUAAUUUCAGAAAGAAGGUCUUGUAAUAUCGGUCGAGGUUUACUGUUUUCAUUAACAUUUGGCUCAUAUCACAAUACAUUUUGUUUUAUUUUUUUAUUAGUGGGUAGCACAGCCUACAUGGAUUUAUACGGAAAGAUGUCUGCCACUCAGGGGACCACUCAAGGGAAGGAGGGUGGGGACCAGAACUUUGACUACAUGUUCAAGCUGCUGAUCAUUGGGAACAGCAGCGUGGGUAAAACCUCCUUCCUUUUCCGCUACGCUGACGACGCCUUCACCUCAGCCUUCGUCAGCACUGUGGGCAUCGACUUCAAAGUCAAGACUGUCUACAAGAAUGACAAGAGGAUCAAAUUGCAGAUCUGGGACACGGCGGGGCAGGAGCGGUACCGGACCAUCACCACUGCUUACUACCGCGGAGCCAUGGGCUUCAUCCUUAUGUAUGACAUCACAAACGAGGAGUCCUUCCAUUGUGUGCAGGACUGGUCGACCCAGAUUAAGACCUAUUCGUGGGACAACGCCCAGGUGGUGUUGGCUGGGAACAAAUGUGACAUGCAGGAGGAGAGGGUGGUGGCUGCAGACAGUGGGAGACAACUGGCAGAACAACUGGGUUUUGAGUUCUUUGAGACAAGUGCCAAGGACAACAUCAACGUCAAGCAGACCUUCGAGCGCCUCGUUGACAUCAUCUGUGACAGGAUGUCCGAAAGCCUGGACACUGACACCGCCGUUACCAUGGGAACACCCAGCGCCAAACUGACAGACAGCGCCCCGCCCCUCCAGCAGCCCGCCUGCAACUGUUAGUGGCUCCUCCCAGUUACUGUGUCGCCAAGAUACCCAGUCCCUUAGAUGUAGUCUGCAUCCCAAAUUACAUCCUAUUACCUAUUUCAGAGUUUCUUAAACUAUGGGUUGGGACGCAAAAUGGGGCCUGGGCAUGUGAGAGGUGAGUCGCAUUAUAGAAUACAUCUAUAAUCACACACAAUUUCUUCUUAAUAUGAGUCGUUGGAGGACGAUUUGGUUCACGGGAUGAUGGUACAUUUUUUAUUUGGGUCUCGAGCUGAAAAAGUUUAAGAACCCCUGCCUUAUAUAAUGCACUACUUGAGCAGGACCCACAUAGUGCUCUUGUCAAAAGUAGUUCACUAUGUAGGGAAUAGGGUGCUAUUUUGGAUACAGACAGUCUUAAAAGUACAAUGCUGAUAUUUUUAAAAUCUUAAUAUCAUAUAAUUUCUGGGUAACAAUAAAAUACCUUACUGUUAUUGUUUUCAAUUAAAAUGGUAAAAAAUAAACAAAAUUGCUUCUUAGCAAAGAGCAAUUUCUCAAGCAAGAAUUUUGCUAUAGCAAGUGGUCUUGGGAGUGGUCUGAGUGGGGAGGGGACAACUGAAAACUAGCUGUUAUUGGCAGAGAGGUUUGGAACUCUCUUUCUUAUUGGUCUAUUUCCUAAUUUAACGCCUGGUGUUGUCAAUAGGCAGGCCAAAACUCCAUUCCACCAAAACAGGCUGAAAUUUCAGGCGGCCUUUUCAAACUGCUCUUACACUAAAAGGGCAUUAUCAUAAUUUACACAGUCACAGUAUUAUUCCAACCUCAUAGUAUGGAAAUAUAUAUAAAACACAGGAAAUCACAUUUUUUACUGUACUGGGCCUUUAAAGCAGGGGUGCACAACUAAAGUCCUGGAUGGCUGCUGUGAAGGAUGACUUUCCUCCUUGCCUUUUAGUCAGAGAUUGACCAGUGUAGCUGCUGUAGGUGCACUGUCUGGCCAAUCAGUGACAGUAGUUGAUCAAUUAAGUGCCAGGAUGGAAGGAAAACCAGAAGGACUUCAUCCCUAGUGGACUGGAGUUGUUCACACUUGUCUUUCUGUAUCCUGCACUGUAACAGAAAACGAAUUUAUUCAGUCAUUUUGAGUAUGAUCAUUGGUAAAAUACUCUGAAACGUUUUACUACAGCAUACUGUAUAUUAUGGUACAUUGUGGGAAAACGUUUUGGUCGGAGAAGUCAUUGCUUUGUUUCGAAUGGUACUGUAAUUCCCCCCCACAGAAUACAGCACCAUACCGUAUCUUUUGAGGGCCAAAAACCUUUUGACCACUAAUGGGUGAAUGGUAUUGUUGUGCAUCUCAAAAAGGAUAUUUUUGUUUUUGUUUCACUGUUGAAUCAGUCCCUAAAUGUUCUGCAUGUCAGCAUUCAAGUUUUCAAGAUAUUCAAAACGCAUCAUACUGUGACACUUUCGGUAUUUUGAAAGUUAUUUAUCUUGAAAACUUGAUUGCUGACAUGCAAAAAAACAAGGGACUGUAUCAUCGGUGGACUAAUGAAAAACAUACAGAAAGGUAAUAUUCCCUUUAACAUAUUCUGAGGCUUGCACCUGCAUGUGAGAAUGCUGUACCAAUUUGACUGCUAUGUGGUGAUAGUGACCCAUUCAUUCAUAAUGUAUAGUGGACAGAUUAGAGUGGCAGCAAGUCAAACCUUAGGUGGUUGAGCAUGUUGCCAGGUCCUUUUGGUCUGUUUUGCCCUGUAGUCGCUGUCAGUUUGGAAACCUUGGUUAAGGCCUCUAGAUAGGCAAGUGAUACAAAACACCAAAUAUGAAUUAAUAUGAUAUAAUGUGUAAACACUUUACAUAGCAGCCAACUUGCUUGCACCACUCCCUUGUAAUUACAGUAAAAUACUGUAAAGUACAAACCCCUCCCCUCAAUGAAUUUCAUUAAUCCGUUCAUUCAUUCUGAUUACGGUAGAAUUAACUUUUUUGUAGUAUAAUAGGGUACAUUUUACGGUAUUGUACUGUAUGCGUCAUUACCAAGUACUUGCAUUGCAUUUGUUUCUGCUCUCUUGCCAACUCUUUAUGGAAUUGUGGAGUUGGCAAGAGCACAGAUCAGUGACCAGGCUAGCAAUCAAUGUAUGUCCCUCUCCAUAGCUGUGUUGAGGAACAGAUACACACUUCACACCUUUACCUCGAAACACAGAGGGUCUGAGGCCUAUUAUAGUGUGGCUGAUAAUAGGACAUUACAAACAUACAUUAUUCUCUUUAGUUUACCAUACAAUAUCCACAAAAAUGAUGCUCGUAAAGGCUUUUAGAAUUCAAUGUGUGGUCAAUGCAUGUACUGCACAGUAGCUUUCCAGCUGGCUUCAAAGACUUGUUAUCAAUUGUAAUUCUGUGAGGAGAACCCAUAGCUGUCACUGUUUUUACUGUCCAUCGUAAAACCUGCCGGACACACAGUUAUAAUCAGUGCUUUCAUUUAUUUAUCCUUCUAUUUAUGUAUUUAUUUUAUUUUGUAUGUAUUGUUGUUACAUAGUCUUCUGCCACAGCCAAACUAUAUCAUUAAGUGUACUGUAUACAAACUGGUAGGUAGUAGUGAUUUCUGUUUGCAGUUUGUGUGUGCGUGCGUGACCGUGUGCCUGUGUGUUUUAGGAAAAAUUAAUGAGUGUGGCUGUGUGAGUACUUUCAAUCAUCUACCUUGGAUAAAAACAAAUGUGGCCUUUUAGUAUUUCCAACAUGGCCUCUUCUCCUUUGUGCUCACCUGCCACAUUUAUUUCAUAUUUAAUGAAUAUACUAUACAUGCAUUGUGUCUAUGUGAGUACUGUAUUAUACUGUACAUGUUUUGUAGUAGUAGUCCUGAUGUGUGAUCUGAUGAGUGUCUGCAUUUCUGCUAAACUGAAUAGAUCCUCUUUUCCUAGCCUUAAUAAGAAUAAUACAAGUGUGAUGUCAAAUAGCCAAUAACCUAAGUUGUGUUUUUAUACCCAGACCCUUACAUUUAGCUUUACCCAAACAAUAAACCCUUCCCUCAUUUCCAGCAGAUUGACAUUUCUUGUUUUGAAUCUUGCCCUGGAGGCAGAACUGAGUGGUUUCUGCUAGAUAGGCCAGCUGCAAAGUCAAAAUGGUCUAUGUUGUAGAAAUGUAUGAAAACAAACAUGUGAUUUUUGGUCUUAAUUUAAGGUUAGGGUUAGACAUUAGGCUUAGCAAUGUGGUUAAGGUUAGAGUUAAGGUAAGUUUAAAAUCAGAUUUUAUGAAUUUGUGGCUGUGCCACCUAGUGACCACUCUGCAGAGCUGCCUCCAGUACAUUAUUUAUGUCAAUAAAUACCAACCUGCUCAUUUCCACUUCUCAAGAGAAAUGAAAACAUAUAAUUCACAAAUUAAACACAGCCAAGAUAUGAUAUGUUAUGACCGAUGGAUACUGAAGCCAUGAUAGAUAGUCUGUCUGACUGGAUAAACAGCAAUAUUCUAUGAAACAGACAAAACAUCCAUAUUUCAUAUACCUGCUCCAGUAUAUGGGUUCCCUUUUAUAAGAAACUAGUGCACCUUUUCCACAUCCCUGACCAGCUUAGGGAUCAUGUUAUUAUUGUCACUCCAUCCUUGGCUGAAGCAAAUUGUCCUUUACAUCGAGAAUGUCCUGUAAAUCCCAGUAAAGAUAAUCUCUUCUAUAUAUUAAGUGAAUAGUUACAUUGAUCCUUUAGCUACAAAUUACCUAGAAACAGAAUAGUAAAAAUAUAUAAUUGUGCCAAAAAACUGGCUGUAGUUUGUUUUGCGCCGUCUAGAGUUUCUGCAUAGAAAAAUGAAGGUUCAGAAAAGUUGCAUGAAGACAUUGAAUUAUCUAUAUUUCUAUCUAUAAAGGUGUAUAUUGUCUAUGUUUAAGUGCAUCCUCAUAGCUUUGUCUGUGGGGUGCAAUGGGCCAACAAGUGCAAUAUUCUAUGAAUGAUUUCCUAUACAUAGUACUCCUAGUAGUUAUACCUGCAGUAGAGUGACUGUUCUAAUGUUCUUGUUGUACUGUAUGGCACUGCAAGCAUCACACACACUAAAUAUGUGCUUUAUCUGGGAUUCGCUGUGAGGUGAAGUUGUGUGUGUGUGUGUGUGUGUGUGUGUUAUUGUACGUGUUGACCUUUUCUACUGAUGUAUUCAUGUACUACUUAUUAUAUACUGUUCUUGUUAGCUAACUGUUGGUGAACUCGUACUAUACGUCAAGAUGCAGUGUUGUGAAAGAUAGUCAGGGAAAUUAGUAUAUGCCAUAUGCCGUACUGAUAUUAAGUCUAUGUGAUAAAAAAGGGAAAUAUCUCAACUCAAACAUGAUGUCUGUGUGAGACAUUAUUAUUUACCUGUACAUCAAUAAUAGGCAUUAUCCUGCUGAGUUUGAGACCACUGACAUCGCUCCAGUCAAAUCCCCUGUCAUCUACUUCUUCAUCUGUGAUCAUGUACAGUAUAUUCAUGACUGCCCCUGGCCGGUGAAAAGCCACUUCAACAUGUCAUUACUGAUGAAGGCUUAAGAUGAUAAUAAUGAAUAACAAUAAUCAUAAUAAUAAUAAUUAUUCAUUGUACUUAUGAAGUGCUUUUAAAGAACUUGAAGAGGCUUUACAUGAAACUAUAGUACACUCACGCUCUGGUCACCUCAUUAAAGUGUGGACUGAUAUUAAACUGGAUAUACUAUUUGUACCUUUAAGUGCAAGCAAUGUACAAACUAUGUUUUUGAGAUGAUAGGAAAUAAACAAAUUGUACUCAU